UUAUAAAUUAGAAUUAUUGUAAUUUCGCAUAAAAGGAUAAUUUGUUUGUAUAUACAAAGUAUAUAGGCCCACUUUGGUUGAAAUAAAUAAAAGGAGGGACAGGAAUGGUUUAAAUUGAAUUAAUGUUUGAGUCUUGGACUGAUAUUGUUAAGAAAUUUCCAUGGGAGGGGCCGUUUUGUUUAAAAUACACCAAAGUUUUGGGGAAAGGACUCGUUUUGAAUAAAAGGGUUCAGUAGAGGGGUUUAAUGUGUUUAUUUUGUAAAAUCAAGAUGAUUUAGGGCUUUUAUAUAAAGAAAUUUCAUGGAGGGACUGAUUGUGUUUAAUGGUCCAAACUUAAUGAAAUUAGGGCUUUUUAUGCCCGUUUCUUUUUGUUGAUAGGGCAAAUGAAAGGAAGACGAACACGAAGGAAUGACAUAGACAUGAACGACGGCGGCAAGAGGGACCACGAUGAUUCGCCGUUCGAUCCGCGAGGAGAGAUCAUCUCCGGGGUUCGACGAGGCCGAAGGGGAGGAAGGGAGAAGCAGCGAGGUGAGAAGGAAGGGAGUGGAAAUGGGUCCGAAGAAGCGAUGCAAACAGCAACGGCCGAGCAGGCGAGGCGUCGGAGGUCGUUGGUCGAUGGGAGGAAAAGGGGAGGCGCGAGGGGUGAGGCCAGAAGAGGGUUUCGUCGGUCUCGGUGGGUGCAGUGAUGGAGUGAGAUGCGAGGCAAGCUGCUCCAAUGGAGCAAUAAAACGACGAAUAGCGUCUCCGGUGAGGCAUCCGACGACAGUCCAAGCGAAGAAGGGUGGUGCGAUGGGGCUAUUUGCGAUCGGUGGUGACAGGGUAAAAGGAUUCUUCGUUUGGUGUUUGACAAGUAAAGAAGAAGGAAUCAGUGGGUUUUUGUGGUUGCUUCAUUUGACAUGAAAAAGAAUGAGGGGGAUGAGGAGGGAUGUACAGCCGCUUGUCCUUCUUCUUUGGCUGAAGAUCCAUAAACGGGAAGGAAAAAUAAGAUAUCAUUUUUUUUUUGGAUAGAUUUCAAUGUACUUUUAUUUGUUAUUGAAGAUCAAAGAAAAUCUGAGCAUAUCAAGUUUUUAGAUAUGAAGGACAUGAUUUUGAUUGUACAGUAUUUGACUGUUAAUGGAAAGGGAGUUUGUGUGUAAAAUUGGGUGAAGAAAGAGUGCAAGCAAUCAAAGAUUUUGGACAUUUUCUCAUCAUACUUCAUGUACUUUGAGUUCAAGAUAGCAAGUUAUGUAGGU